GGACCAGUUUGGGUUUCAUUGUUUUCUAAAAGUUUUCUAUGGUAUUUCUUUUUUCUAGUUUAUUUCCGCUUUAAUCCCUGUUGUUUCCUUGUUUGGGUUUACAUUGCUCUCAUUUUUCCAAUGUGUUAAGAUGGAAGAUUAAUUAGGUUAUUGAACUGAGGUCUUUCUUGUCCGCCCCCCCCCACGUUACCUCCAAAUACCAUCACAUCUUGUUUUUUAAUAUAAACAUUUACAGUUAUAAAUUUAUCUCUACUUUAGAUGCAUCAAGUGGGUUCUAGCUUGUUGUGUUUUGAUUUUCAUUUAUCUCAGCAUUUUCAGUUUCCCUUGUGAUGACUUUUGACCCAUUGGUUCUUUUUGUGUGCUGUUUAAUUUUCAAUUAUUUGUGAAUUUCCUCAAUUUCCUUGUGUUACCAAUUUCUCAUUUUGUUUUAUUAUUGUCCGUGAAUAAACUUUGUGUGAUUUCAGUCCAUUUAUAGUUACUGAGAUUUGUUUUAUUGCCUAACAUGUGGUCUGUUCUAGAAAAUGUUCUACAUGUAUUUGAGAAGAAUGUGUAUUCUGCUGUUCUGAGGUUGAAUGUUCUGUAUAGUCUAUUGGUUUUAUAGUGUCCAAGUCUUCUGUUUACUCACUUAUUUUCUGUCUACUUUAUUCAUUAUUGAAAGUGGAGUGUCAAAAGUCUCCAACUCUUAUUUUUGAAUUGCGUGUUUCUUCCUUCAGUUCUACAAUUUUUGGCUUCAUGUAUUUUGAGACUCUGUUGAUAGGUAUAUAUAAGUUUAUAAUUGCUAUAUCUUGUUGAUGAAUUAGCCAUUGUUCAUUCUAAAAUACCCUUUGUCACUAACAGCAAUUUUUGUAUCAUAAUCUAUUUUGUCUGCUGUUAGUAUGGCCACUCUAGGCCUCUUUUGGCUACUGUUUGCAUAGUAUAUAUUUUUCCAUUCUUUUCCUGUCAGCUUGUUUUGUCUUGGAAUUUAAAGUGUAUCUGUUGUAGACAAUAUGUACAGGUUGAAUAUUGCUUAUCUCAGAUGCUUGGGAUCAGAAGUGUUUUGGAUUUUGGAUUUUGGAUUUUUUCUGAUUUUGGAAUAUUUGCUUAUAUAUUUUUUGUUUGUGGCUGUCUUUUCUGUUUCUUCUUAUUAACAUGUUUGUCAUUUUAGCUUCUAAGGAAAUAAUGCUGAUGGGAGAACCAUUUUCCUAAUAUUCAAAUUGUUGAGCUGGUUACCAUGAUGGAUGAUCAGCAAGCUUUAGACUCGAUAAUGCAAGAUUUGGCUGUUCUUCAUAAGGCUAGUCGACCAGCAUUAUCCUUACAGGAAACUAGAAAAGCAAAAUCUUCAUCACCAAAAAAACAGAAUGAUGUCCGAGUCAAAUUUGAACAUAGAGGAGAAAAAAGAAUCCUUCAGUUCCCCAGACCAGUUAAACUGGAAGAUCUAAGGUCCAAGGCUAAAAUUGCCUUUGGGCAGUCUAUGGAUCUGCAUUAUACCAAUAAUGAGUUGGUAAUUCCAUUAACUACUCAAGAUGACUUGGACAAAGCUGUGGAACUGCUAGAUCGUAGUAUUCAUAUGAAGAGUCUAAAGAUAUUACUUGUAAUAAAUGGAAAUACACAGGCUACUAAUUUAGAACCAUUGCCAUCACUGGAAGGUUUGGAUAACACACCAUUGGGAGCAGAGAGAAAAAAACGGCUUUCUAUAAUAGGUUCUACUAGUAGAGAUAGAAGUUCCCCUCCCCCAGGAUACAUUCCAGAUGAAUUACACCAGGUUGCCCGGAAUGGGUCAUACACUAGUAUCAACAGUGAAGGAGAAUUCAUUCCAGAGAGCAUGGACCAAAUGCUGGAUCCAUUAUCUUUAAGCAGCCCUGAAAAUUCUGGCUCAGGAAGUUGUCCAUCGCUUGACAGUCCUUUGGAUGGAGAGAGCUAUCCCAAAUCACGAAUGCCUAGGGCACAGAGCUACCCAGAUAACCAUCAGGAAUUUUCAGCAGAUUAUGAUAACCCUAUCUUUGAGAAAUUUGGAAAAGGAGGAACAUAUCCAAGAAGGUAUCAUGUUUCAUAUCAUCAUCAAGAGUAUAAUGAUGGUCGUAAAACUUUUCCAAGAGCUAGAAGGACCCAGGGGACCAGCUUCCGGUCUCCUGUGAGUUUCAGUCCUACUGAUCACUCCUUAAGCACUAGUAGUGGAAGCAGUAUUUUUACCCCAGAGUAUGAUGAUAGUCGAAUAAGAAGAAGGGGAAGUGACAUAGACAAUCCUACUCUGACUGUAAUGGACAUCAGCCCACCCAGCCGUUCACCUCGAGCUCCAACCAACUGGAGAUUGGGCAAACUGCUUGGCCAAGGAGCCUUUGGUAGAGUCUACCUCUGUUAUGAUGUUGAUACAGGAAGAGAAUUGGCUGUUAAGCAAGUUCAAUUUGACCCAGAUAGCCCUGAGACCAGCAAGGAAGUCAAUGCACUUGAGUGUGAAAUUCAGUUGUUGAAAAACUUGCUGCAUGAGCGAAUUGUUCAGUAUUAUGGCUGUUUGAGGGAUCCCCAGGAAAAAAAACUUUCCAUAUUUAUGGAAUAUAUGCCAGGGGGUUCAAUUAAGGACCAAUUAAAAGCAUAUGGAGCUCUUACUGAGAAUGUGACUAGGAAAUACACCCGUCAGAUUCUGGAGGGUGUCCAUUAUUUGCACAGUAAUAUGAUUGUCCAUAGAGAUAUCAAAGGCGCCAAUAUCCUGCGAGAUUCAACAGGCAAUGUCAAAUUGGGAGAUUUUGGAGCCAGCAAACGACUUCAGACCAUCUGUCUGUCAGGGACAGGAAUGAAGUCCGUCACAGGCACACCAUACUGGAUGAGCCCUGAAGUGAUCAGUGGAGAAGGAUAUGGCAGAAAAGCAGAUAUCUGGAGCGUAGCGUGUACUGUGGUAGAAAUGCUAACUGAAAAGCCACCUUGGGCUGAGUUUGAAGCAAUGGCUGCCAUCUUUAAAAUCGCCACUCAGCCAACAAACCCAAAGCUGCCACCUCAUGUCUCAGACAAUACUCGAGAUUUCCUCAAACGGAUUUUUGUAGAGGCCAAACUGAGACCUUCCGCUGAUGAACUCUUAAGGCACAUGUUUGUGCAUUAUCACUAGCAGCCAGUAACCUCUCCUGUGCCUCUACCCACCUCCUAUCUAUUCAUUCACCUUCUCUCUGACUGCACUUUUCUUUUUUAUAAAAAAAGAGAGAUAGGGGAGAAAAAAAGACAAGAGGGAAAGUAUUUCUCUUGAUUCUUGGUUAAAUUUGUUUAAUAAUAGUAGUAACCUAAAUUUUUUAUAUUUAAUCUUUUUUUCCCUUACAAGAACUUGAAACUCUUUUUUUUUUUUUUUAAUUUUUAUAAUGUACUGAUGUGGUUCAGAGAGAUAAAGCACUUUAGUACACAGUCACUCUUUUUAGUAUAAACAAAUCAUUUGGAAUACCUAAAGAUUGUAGAAUCUUUCCCUAUAUCACUGACAUAUUAGUGGUGAUGGGGAGACCUGGAAAAUAAGAAAAUGAUGUAUAAUUUGUAGUUUUUAGUGAUAGUAUUUAAAAUAGAUCCUCAUAUGUGGGAUUGAGCCCUAAACUUGAGUUUAGGGUAGGUACUCAACUUAAAGAAUAUAGGUUCCUUCUUAUAUCUGUAUUCUUUAGAUCCUUAACCUCUGUCUACCAAGCUUUUUGCUCAGUAGGAAUCUUGAUAGAAGAUAUGAAUCUCUAAGAGGUAUGUUUGUUAAUCCUAACCAGUAUAAUAAGCAAACACUAUAAUAGAUCCAUGUUACUGGAAUCUAUAAACCUUGAGGGAUGGCUUUCUGCUUAAAAAAAUACUAUUUUAUUUUAAAGUCAAUGAGCAAAUUCAAGUAAAAGAUGAAAGGAUAGUGUUCUCAUUAAAUGUGUGAGCAGUAGAGGAGACCACAUUUGCUAGUCAACAGAAAUAAUGAAAAAAAGAACUAAAUUUUUUUGUGUGUAUUUUAAACUAUGAUGGGGAAAGUCCCAAAAUUGAAGGAAUAGAGAAAUAAUCAAAAUCAUGGAUACUUUCUUCUUAUUUUUAGCUCCUAAUUUCCCAUAAUUAAUAUUCUUUAGGAACUAAUAGUUCAGCCAAGAGUAUCUAUGUGUUAAAGCUAGUGAGUGUCAUGAGAUGAAACCCUUGUUCUUGGGAUCACAGAAUACUAAAACACCUCAGAAAAACAGAUAUCAUGUAAAACAGUGGUUUUUAACAGUGAAGCAAGGAUAAUUUCACGUGGCAUUUGGCAAUGCUUGGAAAUGUUUUUAGUUGUCACAACUGGGAGGAUACUACUGGCAUCUAAUGGGCAGAGAGGCCAGGGAUGCUGCUAAAUAGACCACACAAGGAAAGCACCCCACCCUGGGGAAUUAUUCUGCCCCAAAUAUCAAAAGUGCUGAGGUCUUUAACUGAUGUAAAGACCAAUCCCAGUUAUAAACUGAAAACAGAAAUUUACAAAGCAGUAAAUGUAAAAAAGUAAAUUUCAAAGAGAAAGUGAUACAAUGCAAAAUGACCAUUUUACAAGAGCAGAUACCACUACUUUAAGUCAAGGGUAAAUGAUCUGAACAAACAGCAAACAGGAAUCACUUCCUUACCAGCUUUAUAUUGCACGCAAAUCAGUAACUCUUCCAUUUUAGAAACAAAAGGAAUUUGAACAUUAAACCUUUUGAAUUCAGCCAUUUGUAUAUAGUCUUUCCUUAAAAGUCAGUUCAUAAUUUUGGGCAAAGAAAAGCAUAUCAAAACAAAGUAUUAACUACUAACAGAAAGGUUCAGAAACUUCCAGGUAUUUGUAGUAUAAUGUAUCCACUAACAACAAGGACAUUAAAUGGAACAAGGCAGCUGGGAAAGGUCCCACUAUCUCUAAUGGAAUUGUACUACUGAAAAACAUGAAGAUAGUAAUUUAGCCACUUGCAGUUUUUUCAGCAGUUAUUUUUUCAGCAUAUUAAAGCAAGUGCCAGGUACUUUAUUUUUAAAGGUCUAGAAAAUAAUAGUCUUCUUGGAGGCCCUAAAUGUGAUGCCUUUCAUGGGAUUCAUAGGAGACUCAGAUAUUCUUAUUUUCUGCCAAAAGGUAUGUUCAUUUAGGGACUCUUUACACUUUGUUUCUGAAGUUAGGUAGAUCUUGGUUUACUGUAUCAAGGUCUUACCGGGCAUUCCCUGUAGGAAUAUUUGAAAUUCCAUUAGCUUGUCUGAGAAGUCAUCAAAGCACAAAAUUAGUUGUCAGUGCUUCUCCCGUAUCUUCAAAUCAAAUGAAGCAGCUUGCAAAGAAGAGCAUGAAUUAGCUGCUCCCACCUUGGUAAAUCAACUGCCAAAUCUUGCGCUAGAAACAUAAUCCCCAAGUGUGUGGAUCUAUUAUAAUUUCUUUAUCUUUUAUGUGUGAGGGCAUCUUUUCUACUUGAGCAAGAUCAUGGUCUCUGGACCAGUGGGCUUUUUCUUCGUAUCUUUGUCUUGUGUGGUUGUGAUUUCCCUUUGGCUCAUUUUUGGUCUGUCAGGGUAACCAGCAGUGCGGAAUAUGACACAAAUACUCUUUAGAGAAAUUGGUGGAGACUGUGGAACCCAAAGCAAAACUGUCUGCUUUUUUCAGUCUCCUUUUUCUUUUCUAAAUGCUAUAGAAAAUAAAGGCACCUGAAAAGAAAUGACUACUUUAACACUGCUGCAGAAGGCCUUUGCUUUAUAAGAAAAAUAUUAUUAACUACAAGAAAGUAAUGUUCUUUAUGUAAAGACUUAAAAAUAGACUAACAGUUUACAGAGUUAUUAUAAUAAAAUAUGAUGUGAAUUUAUUUCAAACAAGUUGUGAAGGUACCAAAAACCACAAUCAAAGUUAAUAUAUGUAAAAACUACUAGAACAAAAAAGCUUGAAGGUGGGGGUGUGGGUAUGGAAGACCAAAAGUAAAUUUAAAAAAAGAAAUUUUUGAAAGAAAACAUCUCUAUCAGGGGAAGUUAAAUGUAACACUCCAUUUUUUUCUUCUUUCAAAUAAUGGGAUGGAUCAACAAAUGAAAUUUGAACUUUUAGGAUUACUCUAAAUGUAUUUUGUUUCUUAAAUGCACAGCUGAUUCUUCUAUACUGUAAUGUUUCUUUGCUGAAGAUGAAAAUGGCUAGACUGCUGACUUUGUGCCUUUAAAAUGCAUUCUGCUUUGACAGUGGCAGACCUUUUGGUGCUGGAGAAGAUACACUAGCAGUCUUAUAUGUGCUUUUCAGGAAAUAUCUUUCUACUUAGGCCUUGAGAGAUUCAAGCUGGCAUGACUUAGGCUUGGACCAAAUAUAAGAUCUUUUACAUUGCAAACAAAAUGUAUCAAAUUAAAGGGUUAAGAAAUAUCAUAAUGACUAAUAGAAAUUUCGAUUGAUUGGUAAUUCUUUAAAAUAUAUUUAAAAGUACUGAAAAAUUCAGUACUUCAGACUGAAAAAUUCAGUAUGAAUAUCUUGAAAAUCUACAGCAUUUGUUUACACAACAUCUUUCUGACUUAAAAAAAAAUGACUAUUGCCUUACAGAGUUUUAAAAGGCACAAGUAACCCUUACAUAAUGCAUAUAAGAAAUUGAAAUAUUAAUACACUUGCUGAACUAUAAAAGAAAAGUUAAAACUUUGAUUUCAGAGUAAUUUGAAUUGGGUUUCACUUGAGAGAGUCUUUUAUCUUGUUCCCAAUAGAAACUACAGUAAAAAGGUGAAACUAUUUCUUUAGCUUUCUGCUGCUCCAGCUCUUAUAUAUGUGUUAGAUUUGCUCUCUAGUGUUUCUGAGAUGGAGUUGUUAGAAGUGAAAUUACAAAGAAAGAAAAGUCAAAUCUGAAUUGUUUAGCAGGAUAACCAAGCCAGAUGGAGAUUCCUUGGUCCAUGGCAAAGCUCUGUGCCAAUUAUUUCAUUUGGGGUCUAGGAACCCACAGCUUGAUGAAAAAAAUCACCCAUUGUCAAUCAAAUAUACAAAUCUAUCCUUUUUAUAAAUCAAGUGAAUCUUUUUCAUUUGCUUAUUCAAUAAUUGUGACUUAUUGUAUCAGGUACUAAAUUAACACCCUUGAGGAGGUGACAGUCUAGGAGGAAUAUGGGCAAAUAGAUAAUUACUUUAUGGCAUACCCUAACUCUGAAAGUUCAGCAAUGAUGUUUUAAAAUGUUAUGAUUAUUUUUUAUGAAGUAAGGGAAAAACAAUUUUGGGUACUUAUUGGCUGUUAUAAACUGAAAUGUCAUUAACAACCAGGAAUAGAAUAAAGGUAUCCUCAAAUUCGGGGACUCCCCCUUGCCCUAGUCACAUAGCCUCUCUCGGGACCCCUCUUACUGCAAACCAGCCUCUACUCAGACAGUUCCAGUGAUGGGGGAGCAUUUAUUCCUUAACAGCAUUUUCCCCCAGAGGUCUCUUUUAAAGAAGAAUGUUUUCUUGGUCUAAAUUGUGAAAAUACCCAAAACUGAUAGAAACUGAACUCUGUCAACAGUGUUAUUUAUGCUAAGAUCAGGAUAAUUUAUUUUCAAUUUGUUAUUUCUUUUCAAUAUUGUUUUAAGUUUGGCCUUUGUUACAAAUGUAAUGUUCAUAUUUUGAAGAUUGGUUAAAUGUUAAUGAAAAGCAAUCCAAUUGUUAAUUUUUAGUAGUGCCUUUUUCUCGGUAUGCCUUAAUUUUAUUUCAUAUUAAUAAUAAUUCGUUACCCAUCAAAAUGAAGAUUUUUUUUUCCAAAAUCAGUAGGCUUCAUGACUUCAUUUGGCCUUAGGCUGUGUAUUGGCCCUUAAAACAUUUCUUAAUGCCUGGUUCCUCCUCCUACCCUUUUCUACCUCCUUUUUUAUUUAUUUAUUGUUUUGUAACAUUAGGAGAGAAACUUUAGCAUUUGUCUGUGAUAGAUGCACUGCAGUCUCCACUAGAUGUGAAUUCCUAACAUAGAAAGAGGUAUUCUCAUUCUAAAGAGACAUCAUAGUAAAUUGUUUUCUAGGUUGAUUUUCAAUCAACGUUGGCACCGUCCAAGUUCUUUAUAUAUCAUAGUUCAGUUGUGAUUUUCACAGCAGAGUUAGAAUGGUUGUUUUUGCCCUAAAGAAGUGGUUCAAAUAGUUUACAAAUGUUGAGGCAGUGAGGCUUAGAGCAAUGAGCAAGAAAUCCAGGGACAGCGAAUUCUAAUCCUAACUUUUUAGCUAAUGUUUUGACUAAUACUCUAGCUUUCUUUUCUGUGAAGUGUGUGUUUGUGUAUGGUGUUUAGAGUUGAAGCAGCUGUAGGAAGGAAGGAGGGAGGGUAUGAGUGUUCAAUUAGAUCAGUCCCUGUUUUUGGAAGAACAACUCAAAAAGGUAUGACCUUCUGAUGAUGGAUAGUUAUACUCAUCCUUGGGUAGGAAUGCCAGUACAUUUUCCAGGAGUAGCUAGUACUGAUGAUUGUUUAAUAAAAGUAUUUACUGUAAAUUGCCAUGCUCUUGGUUGCUAAAAGUAGAUUAAAAUUCAGUUUUUGUGUGUGUAUAAUAAUAAGCUUAUAUAUAAUUCUUAAAUAGGAGGUAGUUGAUUUUACACAGUUCUUCAUGAACUCUUUGAAACAGAAAUUCUGCCAGACAUUAUCAAAACAAGCUUCCUUAGUUUACCAAGUAUUCAAAAGGAAAUUUUCUUAUACCUCUUUUUGGUUGGCUAGGGAAGGUGUGCUGCUCCUACUUCAGUCGUCUUUAGCUUGGCUUUGACUUCUGCCAUGGUCUGGAUGGGAUACCAUGAUAGACAGGUGUGGGAAGUAUCAGGCACCCCCCCAUUUCCCAUACUCACCUUUCAGAGCCGUAGAUGGUAAUGAGCUCUCAGGGGAACCUAGAGAUUCUUUUCUCAGUGAUAAUGCAAGCAGUAAAGGCUGAGCUUCAGAAAGGUAAGGGAGGAGUCUAAGCUACAGUAAGAAAAGAAUAACUUUUAUCUGUUGCCUAUACACAGUCUUUUACAUAAUUCUUCAUAUUUUUCAUAAUUGUGCAUUUUAAUUGACAGUCAUAUGGCAUUUUUGUUAAUAACAGCAAAGGCAUUAAAUUAGUAUUAUUACUCCCUCUGCCUAAUGACUUCUUGUUUGUUACACACUCUGUAUUAUCAGAAUCACUUUAAACCAAAGCUUUCAUAUUCUCUGCACUCAUAGCCAAAAUUAUUAGCACUGUUACUUUUACCCACUUGUAAGCUAAUAGUAUAAAAAUGAUAAAGCAGGUACUAGUAGAAUUUAUAUGCUAGUCUAUCCUUCAAGGAAAAGGACAGGUGCUCAGUGUUUGCAUUUAGUCAUGCAGAAUUUACUUCUAUUAAGGAACUAUAUAGACAUUAUAAACUUAAGCUUAUACACGUGCCAAUCUUAUUAACAUCACUUGACCAUAGGUGCACAUAGAUACACAUUGAUAUAGAUAUACCUGUUGCCUCAGGUUGGUGACGUAGUUUCUUCCUAGUGUCUUAACAUUUAUGAACUUAUGUUUGACUUGAGGGGCAUUUAAGCAAAGCUGUGAAGAAAAGUAGGUUACAGACUGACCUCUGCUUUGUGCCAUAGCCAUUUUGGAACAUAAGGAAAUGUCUGCUCUCCAGUAUAUGUGCAGGAUUUGUCCCCAAAUAAGGAUUUCUGAAUCCCUAAUGCCAGUUGAGAAUAGUAAAGUUCAUGACUGUACUGAAAAGCACUUUUGUGUUCAAUUAUUUAUAUUUUUUUAGAAUUUAUUUUUUAAAAGCAUAUGUAACUAGUGAUUUUAGCAUUAGCAUUACUUGGAGAGAGAAGUAACAAAAUUACAUCUUAAACUCUAUUAGGUACUUAGUCUACAAAAUGGAUUUGACAUAUUAUUCCAAAGAUUGUUUUCCACCUGGAAUAAGAAGAGAGGACUAGUAGAACCUUUGAGCUGGAAAGGCUGGAAAGGCUUACAGGCAAAAGGGAAGUGGGCCAAACCCUUGCAAUAUACCCUAUUCAAUUGAAAGUACAGUGUCUAAAGAUAAGAAUACUUCUUUAAAAACAAACAAUUGUUUUAAUGCAAUUUUAAUUAGUAAGUGAAAGGUUUACAUUUUUUCUAUUGCUAUUGGUUUUAAAAUUUUCUACCCUACGUUCUGAAAUAUUAUAAGGGUUAAUACCAAAAAUACUUCUAAUGUCUGACAUCUCUGACAUUUCACAUGAUUCUUUUUAUUCAUUGUAAAUAAAGUAAACUUGGAUAAAUUUGAGAAUAAACUUUUAAUUGUUGCAAACUAUGGUUAUCAAUUUAUAAAUUUACCCUUUGACUUAAUAUAUGUUUUUAAAUGUAGCCAUGAAAUUCUCUAUAUUUAAUCUGUUGGUUUCUCUCUGUAAACGUUUUUACUCAGUUGAAUGCUGGGCAGUUUAUAUAAUUAUAUACAAAGGGUUUUUUUCCUAUUAAGGUUGACUUUUUUGCACAUUUUGGGAAAUUUUUAAUUUGUACACUGAUUUACUACUCUGACCAAUAAUUGUUGAUGAGUGUAUGAGCAUCAUGAAUGCGUGCAUUGAACUACUGUCUGUGUCUCUGUUUUAACUUCUUUCAAGAUGUAACUGCACUGCUAUUACUGACUUAAAUGGACCUUCUUGCUUUUACAAAGUAUACUUAUCUAUGGUUCUAUCUUUGUUGAAGAACUCAGGAGUUCAACAUUACUUUCUAAUUUUAUAAUGUAUUCUAAAAUCCAUUACUAAGUUGAAAGUUUGCUUUGUAACUCUGUAUCAGGGUAUGUGUGUUUGUGUGGAGAUGUCUUUUUCUGUCUGUAGGCACAUGUAUAUAUACCAGUAAGUUCUUAUUUUCAUUUCAUUUCUACAUUUUUAUGAACUUGUUUUAUAAGGGUACUAUUUAGUUAGGAUAAUUAAAUAUAUAUAAAAGCUUUCUGAGAGAUUAUUUACUAUAUAAAUAUAUUUUCAGCUGGCUGAUCAAAAAUAUUUUUUUAAUUUUGUUUUUAAUCAUUUGAAAUGUAUUUGUAUUUCCAGAAUUGGACACAAAUUGUACUUAGAGCUCAGUUAAAAUACUGUUGCAAGGAAAAGCAUUGAAUUCUCUUUUGAGAAUUCUGUGAAAUGCAAAUUGAGAGAAAUAAAAUUUUUUUGCAGUAGCAAAAACACACUGUCCACUAAAAUGGCCUUUGAAUUCUUAGAGCUAUGAAAAAAAUGUGAGAAACUAAAUUGUUUGAAGAGAUGUCAAGAUUUUAUAUCUCUAGUUGCUGUUGGCCUGUCCUGUUGUUUUUGAGUAUUUCCUUUAUUCUACUCCAAAAGAUUUCAACUUUUAUCUUUUCCUUUACUAGGCAACGUCAAACUCAGUUUAUAAAACAAUACAUUGGCAUAUUGUGAUUCUCUGUAAUUGACUAGAAAUUGGUUUAGAAAUGUCCAAACAUACAUUGUUUUGUCUUUAUACUGUACUGUGUGUUUUAAGUAACUGGCAGAAAAAGAAUUGGAAAUUAAAUUUCCAAUCUAACAAUGUUAUUGUACUUAAAGAAAACUUUUUUAAUAUGCCGUACCAUGUAAAAUUAUUCGCGUUAGGAAUAAAGUCCUCUGUUGAAGUUGAAUGUCACUAAGCUUAUUAUGUUAAAAGGAAUUGGUGUUAUUAGAAGAACCUACCAGAAGCCAGAUAGUGUGGUAUGUGCCACAUUCAUGCACAUUUUGACUUUGAGUUGUUCAUUCAAAAUUGUGCUUGUAAAAAUGUAUAAAAUUUCUGAGUUUUAUAAUUUCUAUGUACUUGUUUUUUCUUGCUGAUAAAGAGCUUUUUUUUAAAAUCUAAUAUAAAAUAAACCAUGUUUAUAUUUUGUUAGUGAUCAAUGACUUUGUUUAUAUGGAAAUUUGUAUAUUGUUGGCACACAUCUUUGUUUAGAUUUACGUGCAUGAAGGCCUGCAAUAAUUAGCACAAUGAAAAUUGCUUUUUCUUACAUGUUCAUUUUUUUGAAAGAUUGUGGUGCAAAGGCUUACUCUAAGUAACCUUCUGGACUAUGGAAUGAAUAUAAAUGAAUGGCACUUUGAGUGUUAAUAAAGCUGAUAUUUAUUUCCACUGUGA